GGGAACUUUUUGAACGUAGAACGUAAAGCGUGAUCUUUAGUGGAACUUUAAUGAAGUGUGUUGAUGCUUCUUCACCAGUAGAAAUUUCUGGAAGCUAGCAGUGCAGCUCUGACAGGCGGGGACGCUGUUUUUCACGUUUUUCUGUUCACAUUUUCUGUUCACGUCAACAAAGUGUUUAUCAAAUCCUGCUGAGGAACUAAAGAUUUCUCAACACAGAAUCAAAAUAAGCUUCAACUCUCAGUGACCACAAACUGGAUUCCAGUUGCACUGAGACUGAAACUGGUUGAACUGGUUGAACUGGUUUCCAGUGGCUCAGCUCUGGUCUGAGGAGCAGAGCAGGAGGAGACAUUGAGGAAAGGAAACGAGGGAGCGAACAAGGCAGCAGGAAGCAGCAAGCUCAGAGCUUCAGAUUUUCUAAUCCCAGCAGAUUUAAGAGGCAGAAGUUUCCUUCAUGACGGCGGGCGGGGCCGCAGGAGGAGGAGGAGGAGGAGCCUCCUUCACCACGCUCAGCACCAUCGUUGUCCAGGCCGGCCAAUCACAGAUCGUUGUCUCUGUCCUCAAGAGCGGCGCUCAGCUCCACCUGCAGCUGCUUCAGGUCUGUCCAGGACUCUGUGAGAUCGGAUCGAACCAGGAGGAAAACCAGACGCUGAUCCAGGAACAGCAGCAGCUGCUGGCCAAGCUGAAGAAACAUGAGGGUGGAGUUCUGUCUCUGCUGGAGGAGGAGAAGAAGAAGAGCACAGAGGGAGAAGAGGAGAAGAAGAAGAAGGAGGAGCUGUACGCGGCGAUGGCGGCGUCUCUGAGCGAAGGCUGGUUCCUGCUGCUCCGCCUGCUGGAGAGGCGACAGGAAGUCCUGACGCUGGCCGCCGACUUCUACAGCCGGGCGCUGCAGUUUGCUGGCAGUAUUGAUGCAGCAGAGGAGCUGCAGGCUGGAUCUCAGCAGGACAAACUGACUGACCUACAGCUGACAUACAGCUCUGUGAGGAGAGAUCUGCUGCUGAAGUCUCUGCAGGUCCUGAGCAGCAGCGGCAUCCUGCUGCACAAACUCACACAGCUGCAGAGGACCGAGGCCCUCCAGAGGACAGGGGCGGUACUGCAGCACCCGCACACUGCAGGCCAGCAGCAGGAGGAGGAGGAGGAGAGCUCCCAGAGCUCCCAGUCGGGCUGUGUGGGUGCAGAGCGUCUGGAGCGGCUGGUGGAGCUCCUGCAGGACAGGAGGAGGAGAGUGGACCAGGCCCUCAGCCUGCAGCUGGAGCAGCUGGAGAAUGGCAUCAUGGUCCGCCAGUGGGAGGAGCAGAGCAAACAGCUGAAGGUGUGGUUCCAGUCCCGGGCUGAAGUCCAUCUGUCCUCAGACCAGCUGGGCUCCUCUCUGCCUGAAGCCCAGAAGCUGCUCCACCAGCACAGAACGUUCCAGGCUGAGGCCCAGGACUGGACCGGGAAGGUGGACCAGCUGCUGGCCAAAGCCUCUGAACUGCAGCCGGCGCCGGAAAAAGCCCAGGAGCUGCAGCAGCUGCAGGAGCGGCUCUGCAGCAGGAUGAAGCUCCGUGACGCUCAGCUGCAGGACAGCAACGCUUUCUUCUCCUCAGCUGAGCAGGGCUCGGCGGUCUUGGCGGGGGUCCGGUCGCAGGUCGCGGCUCUGAAGCUGCGGAGCAUCAGUUUGUCUGAACUGAGCAGGAAGCAGGAGGAGCUGCAGGCGACGAUCCAGGAGGCGACGACUCCGACGCUGCAGAGCGGACGCAGACUGCUGCAGCACGCCGCCGCCGCUGACAGUGAGCAGGUGGUGGUGGUGCAGAGGAUGAUGGGAAAUAUCCAUGAGCAAGCAGACAGUGUGAGCAGAGAGUGCCACGCCCUCCGAGACCUGACCAAUCAGAGACAGCAGCUGGUGUCAUCAUGCCAAGACCUCAUAGAGAAGGUCUCAUGCUGGCUGAAGUGCAGCAGCAGUGUUUUGGGUAGCAGCACUGAACCAGGACAGCAGCUGUGUGAGGCUGAGGACACUCUGAACACACACCUGCAGCUCCACACACAGGCCGAGGCUGCAGGUCGUGAUGUGGAGAACAUGAAGCAGAUCUUGGAUCAGAUCAGGGCUCUGCAGAACCCCAAGACAGACAACAGCAGCAGAACCAGCAGAACCAGCAGUACAGAACAGACUGACAGAACCAGUACACCAGAACCAGACAGAACCAGUCCACGGCCUCCCAGCAGAACCAGCAGCCUGUCUCCUCUGAAGGCCCUGACCGAGCAGCUGAAGAGAGGCAGCAGGUCCAAUUCACCUGCUGCCGACCAGACCAGCAGAGCCAGUCUGUCUGCUCUGGAUCUAUCCCGUCAGGUCGAUGUGGUUCUGGAGGAACUGCAGAGUCUGAACAAGAAGGUCGAGUCCAACCUGCAGCUGCUGCGCCCGUACGUCACUUUCCUCAGGACGGCAGAGCAGGUGGAGGAGGAGCUCUGCAGCAGGAGAACACAGCAGGGGGAGCAGCAGGAGCAGGAUGGCACCAGUAACAGCAGUGACACCAGCUCCAGUGUCCCAGUGCAGCAGGGCGACGCUGGCUGGCAGGCCACGCUGCAGAUGUUCCUCACCGCCCAGGAGCUGGGAAACAACUGCAUCAACACCGUUACCACGGUGGGUGGGGAGGGGCUGGAUGUGCAGUUCAUGGUGUCGGUGGUCCGGCAGACGUUGGAGCGUCUCAGCAGACGUAAACAGGAAGUAACAAAGCUGCUCAACCAACAGCAGACAGACAGGAAGUACAGGGAGCGACUGAGCAAGACGGAGCAGGAUCUGCGCGGCGUGUCGGAGCUGCUGGCCGCCUGCAGCAGCAUGGAGCUGGGCUGCAGCCUGCAGACCUGCAACCUGCUGGACCGCUUCACCCGGGCCAAGCCACACUUCACCCAACUUGAUGCUGAUGUUGAGUUCCUGCUGAAGAGCCGGGAGCUUCCGACUUCAGGAGUCCAGGAGAGAGAGGAGGACGAAGAUGAGGGAGGAGAGAAUGAGGAGGAAGUGGAGGUGUACGAAAGCAAGGAGAAGGUGAAGGAAGAGAAGAAGAAGAAGAAGAAGGAGGAUAAGGAGGUGUGUGAGGUGCUGAAGCUCCACCAGCAGGUGAAGCAGAAGAUCCAGCAGUGUGAGACGCUGCUCGCUCUGGCCAGCAGCUUCCACCAGAACGCCUCGCAGCUGGAGGCGCUGUUGGGGGCUGAGCCUCUGGGUGCAGCGUCCUGUAGUGAGAUGCUGCAGCUGCGACUGAACCAGCAGAGAGAGAGACAGCAGCUGGUCCAGAGUCUGUUCAGAGAAACCAGCACGCUGGGCCGGGACGUGUGCACCGCCUGUGGUGAGACAGGCUUCAGCGUGGUGCAGCUGCAGCAGCGUCUCGUCUCUCUGGACAGACGCUUCGUGUCCUGGUUGUCUGAGGCCGGGCGACAGGAGGAGAGGCUGCAGGACGAGCUGCUCUGCUGCCUCCUCGCCAACCACAUCAACGAGCUGCGUGACUCCUUCAAGGAGCUGAAGAAACGCUUCAACAACCUGAAGUUUAACUUCCUGAAACGGAACGACAGAACCAGGAACAUGAAGGCCAUCAGGAACCAGCUGCAGCAGAUCCAGGUGUAUGUGGAGAAGCUGCAGGCUUUGAAGAAACGCCUGCAGGGUCUGGCGGCCCGGCUGGGGUCAGAGGUCAAGGACAGGGGCGUUGCCAGGGAGACGGAGAAUGAUCUUAAUGAGCUGCAGAGGCAGAUGGGAGAGUUUGAGCGGAACGUCGACGAACACCGACAGACGCUGGACAUGACCUGCAGGCUGCAGCAAGCCAUGGAGGAGUAUCAGUUCUGGUGUGAGGAGGCCAGUUCCACCAUCGUUCGCGUUGGGACGUUCUCGUCUCAGUGUCGCACCACAGAGGCCGUCUCGGUUCUCUACCGGCAGUUUGAAAAGUUCGUCUGGCCCACAGUUCCUCAGCAGGAGGAGAGGAUCAACCAGAUCACCGAACUCGCCAUCAGACUGCACGGGGCGGAGGAGGGCCGGCGGUACAUCGAGAAGACGGUCAGUAAACACACAGAGGUGGUCGACUCCAUCAGAGAGCUGUGUGACAACCUGGUGAAGCUAGAGGCCAAACUGCAGUUGGAGAGUCUGAAGCAGCAGAGCAGCAAGGAGGAAGAGGAGGAGGAGGAGAAGAAGAACGGACAGAACACCAGAGAGAAGGAGUCACAUGUGGAGAGAGAGAACGAGGAGGAGGAGAGAAAGAAAGACGAGAAGAGAGAGAAGGAGGAGAGCAGGGAGCAGAGAGACAACCGCAGCGCACAGGAGGACAUGUUUGAACUGAAGGAGACGGGACACACCCCUGAACUGACCACUGAGUAUGAUGGGAAGGAAGUGCCUGUUAAGAAGCAAGCAGCAGCCAAUAGGAAGCCUCCACUGUGCAAGAGCCGCAGUCAGGAGGCAGACAGACAGACGGUAGACAGCAGCCACAGUGGGAGGAGCAGCCGAAUGGAGAGAUGCUCGUCCUCCUCUUCCCUGGAGAGGAAGGAGGAGCACCACACCUCCUCCUACUCCUGCUCCCAGACACUGAGACUAUCCUGCUCCCCCGCGGAGACUGACAGGCGUGUCCAUGCAAUUCUCAGCCAAUCACAGCCCAUCGCUGCUCCCAGCGCCACACCCCCACCCUCUGUGGGUGGGGGUGUCCUCAGAUGCUCAGAUGUCCACAAGGAGGAGAAGGAAGCAGGGGAGGAGGAGGCCUCUGCACCACAUCUACAGGAUGCAUCAGCAGGAGGGCUGUCAGAGGCGGAGCUCCAGCAACAGGAAGUGAUGACAGAGGAUUCUCUGUCCAAUGACGAGUACGAGUGCGCGUCACCCGACGACAUCUCCUUGCCGCCGCUGUCGGAGACUCCAGAGUCCAACAUGGUCCAAUCAGACGUUGAGGAAAGCUUCUGUUACAGUUCCCAUAGUGUCCACAUCACCCAGUGCAACCACCACACCCAGUCAGAGCCCAGUGGGACCAGUGCUGGUGCUGGUGCUGGUGCUGGUGCUGGUGCUGGUGUGGUUAGGCGAGAGAGAGCAUCCAGCCAGACAGACAGUCAUCCUUCUCCUACCACCGGCCUUCACAGCAGCACCAGGUUCAGAGCAGAGUCCAGUUCCUUUGUCCAGAGUCCGUUGGCAGUUCCUCCUCUAAGCCUGCUGUCCAACACUCUGUGCAGCGUCCGAAAGACCAAAGUGACAAGCCUAGCUAGCUUCCCACAGGCCCCUGUCCUGUCUCCGGGCCGUCCUGAACCAAACCUGCCCUUUGGUUCCAAACCAGUUCCUCAGAGCAAGACUCCAGGCAGCCGCUCCUACCAGGACAACAGUCUUCCCCGGAGCAUUGUGCCUCAGACAGAGACACCUUCACAAACUGAUAGUGCCCCCGAGGCUGGUGGUCUCCUUCAGAGCCCCAGCCCGCUCCAAGACACUCGGCCACCCGAUCACCCCGAGACCAGCUCCCCUCCUCAGACCUUCACUGGUCCAACCUCUGCUAUCCACCAGGACAGUUUAGUCCCACAAGGCACUGAGUUCCCCAAAUCCAGCACAUUUUCUCAAGACAAAAGCCUUCCUCAGUCCCUCCCUGGCUCUAGCAGUGGCCUUCCUCAAGAUGAAGCUCUCUCCCAAACCAGCGAGGAAACAUCCUCAAUCUCCAAACCCCAAGCUAGUAGCCUUAUCAGCAACAGCAGUAGCAUCAAUCAACAGACUGUUUAUUGUCAGUCCUUCCCCUCCGACAGUUGUUGCACUUUGCAGCAGGCUAGCAACAGUCCCUGUUCAAAAGAAAGGCCCUCUUCCCAGGCUAGCAGAGGCCUCCAUCAGGUUCUCCAAGCCACUGGUCCUCCAGAACCAUACAGCAUCAGCAACAUAAGCAUCUCGAGCAACACCGUCACCAACUGUAAUAGUAUCAGCAGCAGGCAGAGCCAUCAGAAAGUCUGCUACCUGCAUGAGUCCCUGAUCUCCACCCAUACCCAUCAGUGUGUGCAUGACCCCAGCGUGACCCCCAGCCCUGCCCAGACGCCCCAGCCUCAGCCCCAGCCCCAGCCUCAGCCCCAGCCUCAGCCCCAGCCUCAGCCCCAGCCUCAGCCUCAGCCUCAGCCUCAGCCUCAGACCAUGAACCAGACCCAAGCUUCGGCUCAGCAGGCUAACCCGCAUGCUGCCUUCUCCUCUUCCCAUCUACUAACUCCAGACCAGGACCCAGAUGUUUGUCGGCCCAUGGCGAUCCGUGAGGAAAUCAGACUUACUCCUCAAAUCCAGGGGCCUCCUCUGCCUGCUCCUCCUCCUGUGCCUCCCAAGGCCCAGGCUUCUAAACCUGGCCCCCCCUGCUUCACCAGGCCUCUGUCUAGAGCCACCGUCAUGAAAGGUUCUCCAGUGACACUAGAGGUGGAGGUGUCGGGACAACCACAGCCCGCGCUCACCUGGUGGAAGGACGGCGAGCAGCCCACCACCGUCGCCGCAGGCCGAACGCCGCCUGCCAGCCACAACACACAGCCCGUGUCUGUCCCCCCGGACUCAGACUCGGACUCGGACGGUGGGCUGCACGACGCCCAGGCCGCCGCCCUGCAGGACUCGCCGCGCUCUGCCGCCGCCCUGCAGGCCACAGCAGGUCACUGCGGCGGUGACAGGUGGCUGGUGGCUGAAGUUUAUGACAUCAUCAGUCUGGACUGGCACACCUGGUUUGGUACAGUGUGCGUUCUGCUGUGGCUGCUGUACCUGAUCAUCCUCUGAACACACACACACACACACACACACACACACACACACAGAGCACCUGUUGGGCUAAUAACAGCCAGUUUCCCAGGUCUCUGUGUAAGCUCUAUGUAAUCUCUGUGUAAUCUGUGUUAUCAUGUGUCACAGAGUUUGUUCAGAUGUUAAAUGAGGUGAAAAUGAUGUUGAGCCUGUAGUCAGUCUGAGGGAGAUGAUGUGAGUGGAAACGUCCUAUUUUAAUGUUUUUAUCAUAACUUUUUUGUCAUUUCAAAAUCAAGAAAACCAUGGAAAUACAGAUUUUUUAAAUAUAAAUAUUAUUUGGGAAUCAAGUCCUUGUAAAGAUAAUGUCAUAACCUUUACAGUGAUAAAAAUCCAAAUCCAGCCUCACAGAGACAGGGCGAUCAGCUGAUGGCAGACUGGAGAUGCAUCAGCUUUGAACCAGAGGAAGUGAAUCUGAAACCUUUUUUAUUUAAUAGUGAUUCAGUCUGUUCUCACCUGAUUUGUUUCCCACCUGGUCAGGUAAACAGGAAGUGCAGCAGGAAGUAGCUGGCUUUAGUCUUUCCUCACAUCGCUUCACAUCUCUAAUCUGUCCGAGUGCGUCUGUGUGUCACCUUUAGCUGAAUGACAUAUUGAUGAUUAUGGUGAUGAUGAGUGGCUGAUGUUGUUAUUGAUGUCAGGCUGCAGUUUAGAUGUUUGAGUUUUCAGACGGCAUGUAAGCACUUAUCUAACAUCCUUACAGCACCAGAGCAUUUACACAAUCUGUUUCUGUAGAGGAAUAAAAUCACAU